CUGUCAUCUACAAAAAAAAAAACGAAUGUCGUUUGCACGAAGAAGAAACCUUGCAUUUAUUUUUCUUACCAAAAAUCUUAAAUAAAAUCUGAAAAUUAUGGCUUCUGCUGCUGCUGUUCGCACUAAUUGGACACCCGACAAAAAACAUAGCGACAUGGAAAGGUGGAUUUGUGUCUACCCAGGCUACAUCAAUAGCAAAAAAUCACGUCAAGAGGGUCGUCGUCUACCCAAAGACCAAUGCAUUGAAAAUCCAACUUACUUAGAAAUCCGUGAUGUCCUUUCGGUCACCAAUUUGAGAUGUGCUGUAGAAAAUAAAGAAUAUUCACGUGAAAAAAGCAGGGAAUUGCAAUUCCGUGGACGUAUUCGCAUUCAAAUGCGUAACAAUGACGGAACACCCUGUAAUCCCGAAUUGGCAACAAGAGACAGUCUUUUACAAUUCAUUGCCACUAAAAUUCCUCAAUUAAAAUCAAGACAAAACAAAUCUGGAGACUCAUUUCAGUCUUCCUCUGCUCCAGCCGCAUCCCAGGCUCAUCAUUCCGGCGGAGGCGGCGGCGGUGGACACAAAAAGGGCAAAGGCAAGAGACGAUAGAUUUGUACAAAAUGGCAAUAAAGUUUAUUAUUUGAUUUUUUUAAAUUCUACAAUAAAUAAAGUUUUUAAACAAAAUACA